AUGCUCGUACUGUUCGAAACUCCAGCUGGAUUCGCCCUCUUUAAAGUAUUAGAUGAAGGAAAGCUCUCUAAUGUUGAGGAUUUGGGUAAAGAGUUCUCGUCUGCAGAGAAGGCCCGAAAGAUGGUCAAGCUAAAAGCUUUUGACAAGUUUGACAACACAUCUGAAGCUCUUGAAGCUGUCGCUAAAUUGCUUGAGGGAACUCCUGGCAAGGGUCUGCGCAAAUUUCUGAAAUCUAACUGCAAAGGCGAAGCCUUAGCUGUGGCUGAUUCUAAGCUUGGAAAUAUCAUCAAGGAGAAGUUGAAAAUAGACUGUGUUCACAACAAUGCUGUUAUGGAGCUGUUACGAGGUGUGAGAAGCCAGCUUACUGAACUUAUAUCUGGAUUGGGGGAUCAAGACUUGGCUCCAAUGAGCCUGGGGUUGUCUCACAGCCUUGCUAGAUACAAACUGAAGUUCAGUGCUGACAAGGUGGAUACCAUGGUAAUCCAGGCUAUUGGUCUGCUUGAUGAUCUGGACAAAGAGCUCAACACAUAUGCCAUGAGGGUUCGUGAGUGGUAUGGUUGGCAUUUUCCUGAGCUAGCGAAGAUCAUACAGGACAAUAUCCUCUAUGCCAAGUCUGUAAAAUUAAUGGGAAAUCGUAUUAAUGCCGCAAAGCUAGACUUCUCUGAGAUAUUGGCUGAUGAAAUUGAGGUUGAACUAAAAGAGGCUGCUGUGAUAUCUAUGGGAACUGAAGUCAGUGACCUUGAUUUAUUGCAUAUCCGGGAACUCUGCGACCAGGUUCUUUCUCUUUCUGAGUACAGAGCUCAGCUUUAUGACUACUUGAAGAGCAGGAUGAACACAAUUGCACCUAAUCUGACUGCUCUUGUCGGGGAGCUAGUCGGUGCUCGCCUAAUUUCUCAUGGUGGUAGUUUAUUGAACCUAUCAAAGCAACCUGGGAGCACUAUUCAGAUUCUUGGAGCUGAAAAAGCCCUAUUUAGAGCCCUCAAAACCAAGCACGCCACUCCAAAGUACGGUCUAAUUUACCAUGCAUCUGUGGUUGGCCAAGCUGCACCGAACCGGAAGGGUAGAAUCUCACGGUCACUAGCUGCCAAAGCUGCUCUUUGUAUUCGGUAUGAUGCUCUUGGUGAUGGCCAGGACAACACUAUGGGAGUGGAAAGCCGUUUAAAGGUUGAAGCACGGUCGAGAAAUCUCGAAGGCAAAGACUUGGGACGUCUGUCCGGUUCAGCUAAAGGUAAACCAAAGAUUGAAGUUUACGACAAGGAUAAAAAGAAGGGAUCUGGAGGUCUGAUAACUCCUGCUAAGACCUACAACACUGCUGCAGACUCUCUUAUCGGGCAAACUCCUACAGCGGAUUCAGCUGAGAAUGGUGUCGAAAAGAAGAAAGAGAAAAAGAAGGCUGAUGCAGAGGAAGAAACUGAAAUUGAGGAACCCUCGAAGAAGAAGACUAAGAAGAAGAAAACAGAAGUAGAAGCCGAAACCGAAGAGCCUGCAAAGAAGGAGAAAAAGAAGAAGAGAAAACACGAGGAAGCAGAAACCGAAAUGCCUGCCAACAAGAAAGAAAAGAAGGAGAAGAAGAAAAAGAAAAGUGAGCUCUGA